ACAGUCUCUCACCUGUAGAGCUGGCCACAGAACUGACAGCAUGGAUAAGCAGCGGUGCAUUGUUCUCAGAGUAUUCCACAAACACCAGCAGCAGCUUCAGGGCUGUCUUCACCACCAAGCGGGACUAGGGGGAGGGGUCACCACAUAUGAGUGGGGCUUGGGCCAGACUUGUAUCAGCUCCUGGUGGGGAGGGGUAAGGGCUUCUGGGGCUGGACUUAAAGAGGAGAGUCUAGGCAGAAAGACCCUGGCCCCAGAACCAGGUGUUGGAGUACGUUCUAGACUUAGACGAGCCUCAGACUCAUUCAAUUCCAGCCCACUUUGCAGAAUAGGAGACUGAGGUCCAGAGAGAGGCAGUGGGAAAAGGGUGCAUGGCUGUGUGGAGGGCCACUUACCAUGCUGGCACACAGUGUGUACAGCCACUGUACAGUCUCACUGUGGGCCACCACCCCUAGCAUCCCAUCCACAAAAAGCAUCAGCUGGCCUAGUGCUGGAGACACAGAGACAAGAAGAGGUCAGUAAGGGGUCACUGAAGGCAGGGGUCAUGGGGGAGGAGUUGGACUUACCUCGGAGGAUGUAGGUCUGGUAGUUGUGGUCGGCAGCAGCACCCACACGGAUCAGGCAACUCAGCCCCUCUGAGUGUACAAAUUCAGGCACCAGGUCCUUGUCCUCCUGGGGGCACCAUGGGGAAAUUUAAGCAGGGCUCAGGCUGGACACCCACCCCCAGCCCACUUCUGGGCCUCACCUGGAAGAUCUGCUUUAGUGAGAAGAGGGAACGGCGGAGCUCAGGGCCACUGGAGCCAUACAACUUUUCUGCAAGGGGUAGGUGGGCAUGGAAACCUCAAGGGGACACAACCCCCCACCAAAGAAUAUUCUAGUGCCUGAGCCCCCUACCUCCUCCUCCACUCCCUGACUUUGGGCAACCCCCAAUCCGGUUUAGUUGCAACAUCAGCCCUGGCCCUGAAAGGAGAGGUCAGGAUAGGAGUGGGAAGGGGCCACACAUCCUGUCUCCCAUGUGCUUUGUCCACUGUCCAGCACAGGCCUGAAAGAAACUGAGCCAGCAGCGCUGGGGAGGGGCAUUCUUGGACACUAACGUCCUCAUACACUCACCCAAGAUGGCAUUGACCCUCACGGAGAGUUGAGUACGCAGGAUAAGUGUAGGCUUUCGCCCUUUGCUGGAAUUAAGCAGCCUAGUCAGCAGUUUUCAGGCCAUUCCUCAGGGUCCCUGCCCCCUACACCAAGGCAGCUAAACACCACCCCACAUGCCACUCCUGGCCCAACUCCCUCCUCCUCAACAGGAGGGUUUGUGCAAACAUAGGUAUCUCAGGUAUGUGGGAGAUCACACACGUCCCGCCCCCCCCCCCCCCAUCCCAGGCAUCAGGUAACACUGGCCAGGGAUUCCCCUGGCACAGUCGUGUGGGGUGGCAUGGCAGGAGGUGACUCUCAGCCUAGGCUAGAGAUCAGGUGUCUUGGCUGCUGACACCUGAGCCAGCCCCUGGUGGAGGCAAGGGUAGGGGCCAGCCUUGCCUUCCUGGUCCCAUGAGCUCUGACCUGAUCUCUUCAUAGAAGCCCUCCAGCAUCUCCCGCUGCUCUUCCAGAGAAAGCUCAGGGUCCAGGUAGUAUCCAGAGGGAGACACUUGUAGAGCACAGUCCUCCAGCUGGGGGCAAAGGGAAUAGUUGUCAGGGCUGGGAAAGAGGUGGUAGAGAUAUGUAUGGAGACCCCAUGACCUUCUACUUCCACUCAGAGAGCCAGCAGAGCGGCAUACCACAGGGUGUAUGCUGCAACCAUGCAUUCCUUCAGCAGUCAUUUCUCAUGGGCCUACCGUGCACGAAGCCCAUCUACCUCAGGUGCCAGGCUUUCUUGCCCUUUGAAUGUGCUAUGUCUUCUGGCUAACACCUACCAUUCUGCAUGUUUCAGAUUAGGUAAUGCUUUUUUGGAACACUUUCCUGAACUCCUGUAGCCAGUGCUAUGCAACCCGUUCCACCCCAUGUGUGAGGCCUUCCAUACAGCAUUAUAAUAUCCUAGACACUAGUCUCCUUCCCCACUAACCGUGAGAUCUCUGGGUUCAGGCAGCAUGUCUGUCUUGCCCCAUGCUAUAUCUGCAGAGCCUAGCACAGCCCUAUGGCUCACAGUAAGUGCUCACUAAACAUGUUGAGCUCAUGAACAUGAAUAAGGAAAGGGAAUGGAAUAUGGGAGGAAGUUCCUGCCUUCAAGGAAGUUCACAGCCCUGGGGGUGAUAAGCUGCAUCCACAAAGCGUUCAAGCCCAGGGAGAAAGUGUUAAGAAUAUUGGUGCAAACCCAGCUGGAAGGAGUGUGUGUGUGUGUGUGUGUGUGGUAUGUGUGUCUCCCUGAAUUGAGACAGCGAGGAACAGUGAGUAAUCCAUAGGCUAUCAGUCCCUUCAGGCCUCAGGGUCUUUGCCCUGCCCCAAGUGAGCUAGACCUCAGAGGCCUCCAAGGGGCCUGUUAAAAACCAGGUUUUAGGGUCUGACUCUAUCAGUCUGUAGCAGGUCCCUGAAAUCUGCAUUGUAUGAGGCACACAUUCUAUCCGUGUGUGUGCUUCCCAAGUAUCUCUAUCAUGCCCCCGGCCCGGCUCCCCUCUACUACCACCAGGCAUGACACUUGGCCUCUUGAGAAGUACCUGUAGAGAAGUCACUCCUGAGAGUCUGAGGGCAGCACUGUGCCUCUUCCAGACACUUCCCCCAUAGCACAGAGCCAGUAUGCAGGGCUCAGCAAAGUCCCCUUGUAUUGAGUGGCCCUGCUCCUUGGGUUGCUAUGGCCCAGGGAGAGCCCACCUCUGGAGAAGCAGAGUAUUUUCUGGUUUCCAUCUUACUGGGAAAGUCAGUCCCAACAUCUGUCCCACUAUUCUGUCAGCACUGCCCUGCUCUGGGCCCAGUCCAAGGACUUACAGCUGCUGUUGGUCCCCUGGGAGAAAGGGAGCCCAGCUCCUGCCCCUACCCGUUUCUGCUUUAUACUCUGCUCAUGUCUGAGAGACUGACCUAGCUCCUUCCUGGCAGUUCAGCCUGUGAGGCCCUUGGGUGACACCCCCUCCCCUUCCCCCACUCCCCCCACCCCCGCCUUGCCUGGGACAUGGGACAUAGGACAAACACUCCAGCCUGUUCUCUGUCCCACUUCCUGCCUGGCUGCCUGCCCUCCCUUGGGCGCCUUGGGCGGGCCUGGCCUCUCUCCCCUCCCUGAGAGCAGAGUCAUCUUCUCCAGGGCCUAGUGGGAACAGGCCUGAGAUGGGGCGGCAAGGCCCCAGGCCUGGGGUACUUUAUCUUGGGCCAGCUCAGCUGAGGGCAGCCCCACAUUCCUCCUGAUCCCUCUUCCCACAUGGUGACUCAGCAGCCUACCCACUCCACCCCCAUCCAGGCAUAGCUGCAUCUCCUUCCACUUUGGACUAGAGGAUUCUAGGACCCUAGAGAAACAUAUCCACACAGCCUGGCACAGCCCCAGAGAAACAAACCCCUUCAGGGAUCCCCCAAAUCACACAUAUAUGGAAUAGCUCAUUCAUGCAAACAUUCGUGAACCAGGCUGAUUUUAGGUGCUGAAGACAUAGUGGGGAGCCCAGCUGGGGAGGGCCAGCAGCCUUACCUCAGAAAAAGGCCACAAGUGGCUGCCUGGGUUGCUCAGUUGGUUAAGUUCCAAUUUGAUUUCAGCUCAGGUCAUGAUCUCAUGGUUUGUGGGAUUGAGCCCCCAUCAGGCUCUGCACUGACAGUGGGAAGCCUACUUGGGAUUCUUUCUCUCCCCCUCUCUGUCCCUUCCCCAUGCUUGUGCUAUCUCUCUCAAAAUAAAUAAAUAAACAUUUAAAAAAAAAAAAAAAAAGACCACAGGGGCGCCUGGGUGGCUCAGUCGGUUAAGCGUCCGACUUUGGCUCAGGUCAUGAUCUCCCGGUCUGUGAGUUCGAGCCCCGCGUCUGGCUCUGUGCUGACAGCUCAGAGCCUGGAGCCUGCUUUGGAUUCUGUGUCUUCCUCUCUCUCUGACCCUCCCCCGUUCAUGCUCUGUCUCUCUCUGUCUCAAAAAUAAAUAAACGUUUAAAAAAAUAAAAAAAGACCACAAAUAAAUAUAGAAGCACAACUGCCAUGAGUGCUAAGAAAGGAGAGGGGCAGAGUGCCAUAAAGGUAAACACUGGAGGGUGAUUAUAUUAUACCUGGUAUGUACUUCCACACCCAGGUUUACGAUCUGGUGUGUGUGUGUGUGUGUGUGUGUGUGUGUGUGCACGCGCGCGCACAUACACGCUCUGGAGGAGCACAAGCCCAAGAAGCACACGUACAGAAAGCUCGGAUCAAGCAGGAUGUCUUCCCCUCCUGCAAGCACACUUACAUGCUAUAAUCCCAAGUAAGCAAAGAAUGGCCCUCUCCUUCCAGGAUACUUGCAUCUAUUUGGGGUAGAGUCCUGAAGGCCAAGUGCUCUAUCACCCAGCCUCCUCAGAUGAGCAGAUUUAAACCCUUUCCCUCCAUGGUGGCAGCAGUGGCCUCCCUAGCCACUUUGUCUUAUUCUUCCAGGGCCCCAUUUCUAGGAAGAAGUCCAGAGGUAACAGCCAGCCCAGAGCCUCCAGUGUUUCACUUGUCUCGGAAGGUGACAUCACUGGUCCCUGAGAGCUGCCUGCUGAUUUUGCUGGGACUGGUGCUUGGAGGCAUUGUCUUGGCUGUGGCCAAGAAAGCUGAGUACCAGCUGGAGCCAGGCACGUUCUUCCUCUUCCUGCUGCCUCCUAUUGUGCUGGACUCAGGCUAUUUCAUGCCUAGCCGGCUGUUCUUUGAUAAUUUGGGUGCCAUCCUCACCUAUGCUGUGGUGGGCACACUCUGGAAUGCCUUCACAACAGGUGCUGCCCUCUGGGGCCUGCAGCAGGCUGGACUUGUGGCCCCUCGAGUGCAGGCCAGCUUGCUGGACUUUCUGCUAUUUGGGAGCCUCAUCUCAGCGGUGGACCCUGUGGCUGUGCUGGCUGUCUUUGAGGAGGUGCACGUCAACGACACUCUCUUUAUCAUCGUCUUUGGCGAGUCCCUGCUCAAUGAUGCUGUCACCGUGGUGCUGUACAAGGUCUGCAACUCCUUUGUGGAGAUGGGCUCUGCCAAUGUGCAGGCCACUGACUACCUGAAAGGAGUCGCCUCCCUGUUUGUGGUCAGUCUGGGCGGGGCAGCCGUGGGCUUAGUCUUUGCCUUCCUCCUGGCCCUGACCACACGCUUCACCAAGCGGGUCCGCAUCAUCGAGCCGCUGCUGGUCUUCCUCCUCGCCUAUGCAGCCUACCUCACUGCUGAAAUGGCCUCUCUCUCUGCUAUUCUUGCGGUGACUAUGUGUGGCCUAGGCUGUAAGAAGUACGUGGAGGCCAACAUCUCCCAUAAGUCACGCACGGCUGUCAAAUACACAAUGAAGACUCUAGCCAGCUGUGCUGAGACAGUCAUCUUCAUGCUGCUUGGCAUCUCGGCUGUGGACUCUUCUAAGUGGGCCUGGGAUUCUGGGCUGGUGCUGGGCACCCUCUUCUUCAUCCUGUUCUUCCGAGCCCUCGGCGUAGUCCUGCAGACGUGGGUGCUGAAUCAGUUCCGGCUGGUCCCUCUGGACAAGAUUGACCAGGUGGUGAUGUCCUAUGGGGGCCUGCGUGGGGCUGUGGCCUUCGCUCUCGUCAUCCUACUGGACAAGACCAAGGUCCCUGCCAAGGACUACUUUGUGGCCACCACUAUUGUGGUGGUCUUCUUCACAGUCAUUGUGCAGGGCUUAACCAUCAAGCCACUGGUCAAGUGGCUGAAGGUGAAGAGGAGUGAGCAUCACAAACCCACCCUGAACCAGGAGCUGCAUGAGCACACUUUUGACCACAUUCUGGCUGCAGUGGAGGACGUUGUGGGGCACCAUGGCUAUCACUACUGGAGGGACAGGUGGGAACAGUUUGACAAGAAGUACCUGAGUCAGCUGCUGAUGCGACGGUCAGCCUACCGCAUCCGGGACCAGAUCUGGGAUGUGUACUAUCGACUCAACAUCCGGGAUGCCAUCAGCUUCGUGGACCAGGGAGGCCAUAUCUUGUCCUCCACAGGUCUCACUCUGCCCUCUAUGCCCAGCCGCAAUUCUAUGGCAGAGACAUCUGUCACGAACCUGUUGAGGGAGAGUGGCAGUGGAGCGUGUCUGGAUCUGCAGGUGAUUGACACAGUGCGCAGCGGCCGGGACCGUGAGGAUGCUGUGAUGCACCAUCUGCUCUGUGGAGGCCUCUACAAGCCACGCCGCAGGGUGGUUUGUUUAAAUCAGGAUCCAAAUAAAGCCCACAUUUUGCAUUUGUACAAAGCCAGCUGCAGCCGCCACUUCAUCUCAGAGGAUGCGCAGGAACGGCAGGACAAGGAGGUCUUCCAGCAGAACAUGAAACGGCGGCUGGAGUCCUUUAAGUCCACCAAGCACAACAUCUGCUUCACCAAGAGCAAGCCACGACCUCGCAAGACCAGUCGCAAGAAGAAGGAUGGUUUAGCUAACACUGAGGCCACAAAUGGGAAACCUCCUCGAAACCUGAGCGUUCAGGACACAGCUGCUGUGAUCUUAACUGUGGAGUCUGAGGAGGAGGAAGAGAGUGACAGUUCGGAGACAGAGAAGGAGGACGACGAGGGGAUCAUCUUUGUGGCUCGGGCCACCAGUGAGGUUCUCCAAGAGGUCAAGGUCUCAGGGAGCCUUGAGGUGUGCCCAAGCCCACGCAUCAUCCCCCCCUCCCCAACCUGUGCAGAGAAGGAGCUACCCUGGAAGAGUGGUCAGGGAGAUCUGGCAGUCUACGUGUCCUCGGAAACCACCAAGAUUGUGCCUGUGGACAUGCAGACAGGCUGGAACCAAAGCAUCUCAUCCCUGGAGAGCCUGGCAUCCCCACCCUGUACCCAAGCCCCAACUGUGACCCGCUUGCCUCCUUGCCCACUGGCUGCUGAAGAGCCUCAGCACCCUUUCAACCUGCCGUAUGAUCCACGCCCUAGCUUCGCCUUUCCCCCAAGUCUGGCCAAAGCUGGCCGCUCUCGCAGUGAAAGCAGCGCUGACAUCCCCCAGCAGCAGGAGCUACAGCCCCUCAUGGGAUAUGAGGACCGCACCCAUCUUAGUCCAGGCACAGCCAACUCCCACUGGUGCAUCCAGUUCAACAAAGGUAGCCGGCUGUAGCCCAAGACUCAAGGAGGAGUAGGAGGCUGGAUCCCCCAUGGGAAGUCUUCCCUGGGCAAUAGGCAGAGGCAGAGGAGCCCACUUAGCCUGACAGGGGGCCAGAGGAGCCUGAACUAGCAACUGGGCUUCCUUGUGGCAGGUCAGAAGGGUGUUGGGCUGGUCCUCACAGCGACACUUUCACUACCCUCCCUGCUCCUAAUUCCUGCCAUCUUCCCUUUCACUAAGGCCCUUACCCUGGCUAAAGACCCAGUCCAGAGCUUCUAGGAGCUAGGCCCACCCAGUUGGGAAGCUGAUGCUUUUUCCCCAGUGGACCCCCCAGGAGUCACUCUAGGCAGCUGUUCCUGCCCCCAAAGCAAGGUAUCAUUCCACAGCUAAUGCUGGCCUUUCCUGCCCUUCACUCACCCCAGCACCAGCUCAAGGACAGUACCCUGGCAAUGAGGCUCCUUGAGGGGCUGGUCCUCAGAGGCACUGGGGUGGGAGGUGGAGCAGGUCUCAACCUUAGGCUUUGUUACCUGUUGGGUCAGCUACCUAUAGCCAAUUUUUGAGGGGCAGUGGGAAUCUGUGUCCAAUUCUUGCUUUAUCUCCUACACUUUGCUGACAUUUAUUGGGGCCAUAGUUCUUUCUUUUACAGGAUCAAGGCCACAGGGCUGGGCCUGGCUUCAGAUCAGGGCUGUUUCUUGGCAGGGGUCACUCUGAAGAUAUGCUGCUCUGCAUCCAAGUCUGGAACUUUCAGAUCUCUGGGUCUAUAUUUUCUAAGGAGGGGAGAUAGUGGCCUCUGGGACACUACCACCUUGACAUUCCCCAAAUAGGAAAGAAGCCAGGUAUUCCAGGACCACCACUCCACUUCUCUGGGAGCUGGGAUGCCUGGCUGAAGUAAUAAGGGGGCUGACUGGGUGGCAGGUAACUUUCCUGGGGUUAAUACCUGCUUUGUGUCUUGUAUCUUGAACCUGAGACACAUUAAAUAUCUCUCAGAUGGA